AUGCCCCUUUGUUGUGUGGGCAUCGAGUAUCGGAUGGUCUUCCCGACAGCCAUAUAUAAACAUCGAUUUACCUGCCAUAAUCGAAUCGAUUGUCUGUUCUGUAUGUCCAAGAUCAACAUCUCCCUCACACACCCUCCCUCACUCACCCCCCCAUCUCACACUAUGAAAUUCUCUGCUGCUGCUUUGAUCUCCACUUUGGCCGUCGCCGCCUCUGCCCAAGAUGAUAACUCCACCGAAGUCUAUUCUUUGGCCAGUAACGAAACCGAGUUUUUGAACUUGACUGAUUUCGAUGCUCCUUUGAACAUCACUUUUAACGACAACACCACCUAUGUCAACGGUACCAACAUAUCCACUUUGGUGUUCAACGAAACCACCGGUAACAUCACAAACAUCACUUUGUCCAGCUUCAACGGUUCCGAAAUCACCGGCACUUUGACCAACUUGACUGGCGGUGCUCUAGGUUUCAACUGUUCCUACGUCAACGGUACUUUGAUCUUGAAGGAGACUUUGACCAAGUUGGUCACUGUCCCAACCGAAGACACCACUUUUGUCACCAACGGUGCCACCUACUCUGCCACUGCCAACCAGUCCUUGACCAUUACCGAUUGUCCAUGUGUCGCCACAAGAGUCUACGUCAGAGGUAACAUCACCGAACAAUUCUCUGCCAACGACACCCGUUUCACUGUUCCAGUAAACGGUACUUACUUCCCAGAAGACGAAGACAAGAAGAAGAAGAAGUCCAACGCCGGUGGUAAGCUAGUCCCAGCCUUUGGUUUGGCCCAACUGGUCAUGAUGAUGUUGUAG